UUAGGAAAAAUUUUGAUAGUGAAGUGAACUCCGACUUUGCGAAUCAAAACAGCUUAUUUGAUUGUUUUAAGUCCUUUUUUACCUUUGAACAAAAGUUAGUGCAAAUUUGUUAACUAGUCCUUUUGGGGACUGCAUUUUCUAUCAUUAUUUCUAAUUCCUCUCCGGUAACUGCAGCAACAGAGCGGCUGGCCGCCAUUUUGGAUUAUCGUGAUAAUAGUGUGAGUUUCUCGACCAAUCAGCACGCGAGAUUUUCAAUAAUCACCUGUGUAUUUUUACUAAACUCACAUAUUGCUUUUUACGGAAGGAGGAAACCGGAGAUCCCGGAGAAAACCGUAGUGGAAAGAGAACAACACAUCAAACAAACUCAACUCACAUAUAUAAUCCAGUCUGAGCUAGGGCUCGAACCCGGACCACAGCGGUGAGAGGCGAGCGGUAAACCAAUACGCCACCCAUAAAACCCAAUUCUGGUAUAACAGCGCAUGCGCCCCGUUUUGAGCUUGGCUUGGACUUUCUUCAAAAAUCUUAAAUUCUACCAACUCGCAGUGUCGUACUGGACGUCGUGGUGUUCGUAGCUUGUAUGUGGACUUCUAGAUCUUGAGUUUUUUUAGUCGAAUUUUCUUGGACUUUGGCAUUGGUUUGUACUACUGUCGAAUAGUCAUAAUGUACCUAAUUAAUUUGUUUUAUUUAUUUAUUCCUAAGCGCGAAUUUGUUUAAUUUAAUGCGCGCGCACAUAUGCCAUGGUUUGAUCGCGUUUUUCUUUGACAAUUGUAACGUUUUUCAUUUCCCUGAGGAUGGCCGAAAGCUCGGAACAUAUUUAUUAAAUCUAUGGUUGAUAAGACAAAUUAUUAUGAAUUAAUCAGUUGUUGUUCGUCAUAAACUGAGUUCGAAAAAACGUCAUUUCAAAGGAGAGGGUAGAUUAAGCUCCUUUGGGAUCACCCCUGUUCUAAGGACCGCUGUGAAGAAGGCUAGGGAGAGGCCUAACAAACUCUUUUUACUGUGAUGACUAGUACGAAUCCAGUUUAAAACCGAAUCCGAGACCCCAAAUGCAAAUUGUUUUAAAGGACAAUUUUCAAUUGGAGCGAGAGCCCUGUUAUAUAUUGGCCCUUACCAUUACGUUUUUUAUCUUUGCUUAAUAUAUUUCUCUCAAGUAUUCUUACUUGUUACUUAUUUUGCAAUCAAUAAAAUAAACGAAACCGAGGUGAGAGGUGCCCCACAAUGCCUUGCGAUCCAAGAUGGCGGCCGUAUCGUCGAAGUAUUCCAUUCAAGAACCUGGAAUUGAUUCAAUACUUAGUUCUAAUGAUGAUUUGCCUGUACCACCCAUAGAAAAUAGUGAGGAACAUGAAAAAAAAGAUUUUGAUAAGACUACUUCAGUUGCUUUUACUCUUCCUAUUACCACAAAGAAAAAUGCUUUCCUAGUUAUCGGAGUACCAACCAAAAAGCGCUUAAAAGCCAGUUAUCUUGUACAAACAUUACGAGAUCUCAUAGGAGGACUUGACGAUGAAGAGAAGAAUGAAGUUAUCAUAGUUGUUCUUAUUACAGACUUUAGUCCAUCUUCUGUACAAAGUGUACAAAGAGAGUUAUUUAGUGCCUUUCCAAAAGAGAUUUCUUCUGGACUAGUACGAGUCAUCGCAGCACCCCGAUCUUUCUACCCAAGUCUAGACAAGGUUCAACCGCUCUGGGGUGACAAACCCGAGAGAAUACGUUGGCGUUCAAAACAAUGCCUCGAUUAUGCUUAUUUAUUUAACUAUUCCAAAGACCUGGGUCAAUACUACCUUCAGGUAGAAGACGAUGUUUCAACGGUGAAGGGCUAUCUCAAAGAAAUUAAGGGGUUUAUCGUGGCCAAUCAGAAUCGUUCUUGGUCGAUGCUCGAGUUUGGGGCUAGAGGGUUCAUUGGGAUGAUGUAUCGCGCCUCUGACGUUGGUCGUUUGGCGACUUUUGUGAAGAUUUACUAUUGGGUAUUUCCUAUUGAUAUUUUGUUUCGACAAUUUAACGACUUUCAUCUCUACGGGAAUCCUGAUUGGUUGAAGUAUCGGCCGCCUCUCUUUCUUCACGUGGGAGCAUUUUCGUCGCUCGAUGGGCAAGUACGUAAGCUUGAAGACAUUGAAGUGAGCCAUAGAAUGUACAAAGAUAGUAGCAAUCCGCCAGCCAAGGUAUCUACCUCGAUUCGUGACUUCACAAAGAAUUAUAUCUCUGCUGUGUAUAGCACAAAUCUCCAUGGUAUGUUCUGGGGAAAGACUGUUAAAGAAGGUGACUUUAUUCUUAUCAAAUUUCAUUCUCCUGUGCGAAUUUCUAAGUUAAUAGUCGAGUCUGGAGGAACUGUAGCCCCUGAGGAUUAUUUUGGUGGUUCUAGGGUGCUAUACAGUCAGGGGAACGACAAAGGACAGUGCGAAAACUUUAUCCUGUGGCAAGAAUUUGGGGAAAUAGGGCAAGUUAAACUUCAAAGUAACGAAGACAAUGGAACACUAUGUCAAUGUUUGAAAAUAGAAAUCACUAAAAUAAGAAAAGACAAUAAGGGCAGACCUAGGUGGCUUGCGAUACGAGAAAUUGCUGUGUGGGUGAUUUGACCUCUAUAGGCUUUCCACUCGUUUAAAUGAGUGCGCUUUUACGAGGUGAAAACGUUAAACGACGAAAAAGAACUUUUCGGAAUGGUUAAAAUACGGCUAGUGUGCUUCUUGAUUACAGACUCGUUUACUCAGGGCUAGCCUCGAAUCAGUAUCUAAUUAUCAACAAACACCAACGGUAAAAUAAAGAAUGCAUUCGAUAAUACCAACAAUUUGGAAUUGCAUGGAACUACACUGGAAAACGUGAAUAUUCUGCCCAAAAAUCGAGCCUAACCCUGAGCAACAAUGAAUAAUAAUCAUUUUUACCGAUACAGCGGCCAUCUUGACCAUCUUUCAUUUUAUAUAACGAGUGGGCAACUAUUGGACAAUUUUAUAGACUGUACAACUGUCAGAGUGUUUUAAUAUAUAUAAAACGUAACGCUUUUCAACGAGGAGUACAUCUAAAAAUAAUAUAAUAUUUUCUGGUAGUUUGGAACGUUAUUGAAAUUCCAUGACUUAAAGCAUUUGCCGAAAACGCAAUUCCAGCUCUCUGAUUUACAAUUUUCUACGUUUCCAACCUUAGCAUACCAUAAUUCAAAACUGUAUACUUGAUUCAGCUGAUGAAUAUUAAUAGCGACCUUAAGCUUUUCAAAAUCUACGACGGCGACGUCAACCGUGAUAAUAACAUCUCUUUGGGCUUCUGUUCAUUGGAGAUUUCAUUCAAAACAUUGUCAGUAAAACUAAACUCAUCCAAAAGGGAAGACAGAGUUUGGGAAAGCUACUACGGAUCUCACCGAACUGUGGCGACACGUCAAAAAUUUGUCUCUCUUCCACGCCCUAAUUCGUCUACUGACACGCCUACUUUUGUUACAGCAGUCGGCGUUCCAUCUUUCAUGUAUUACAGUGAACUGUAAUUAGGGUGUGGAUUUCGUUUUCGAAUUGGUAUUGAUGGAUAUACGGUUAAAAUUAUUUAUGUAAAAGGAAUAAAAUACUUAAUUUAUCUGAA